CAGUCUCCAAGAAAGACACAAACGAGACGGACGAACGCAAACGCGAAUCAUUUUUCUCGCAGUACUGGUGGCUGCAGCCGAAGCAGGAGAGAAAAAAGCAACGAAGAAAAAAUAUCUUGCGGAAAAACAGCCCCCGCGGUAGCAGCAUUCCUUGGAACCUAUUGGCGCUGGCAAAAAUUAACCUUGGGAGAAGGCAGUGCGCUUCCGGAGAGGACCAUCAGUGCGUUUUUUGUGUGUGUCGUAACCCGUUGUAAAUACGCUUGCAGACGGGAGUAUUGUGAAGCGGAUUCCACACGGUAACAAAAAGGAAAGCACACAACUGGCGCCUGUGUCGAAAUACUACUACAGCCCCUCGCUCCGCUUCCGCGAUUGGAAUUAGAAAGAAACACGGUCAUCUCUCUCUUGGACGCCAGCAGUCCCGCAGUGUGAACGUUUUGUGGCUCCAACCGGGCGCACAACCGUCAUCUGCUAGCCCUGCAGACCCUUUCGUGGCUGUGUGAAAAUUGUGGCUGACGACACGGCGGCCGCCGAAGCAGAUCAUCAUCAGCCGAACGCUGGAGCAGAAGACAUCGAAGAGGACAACGACAACGACGACAACCAGGAGCGACAAUCGCAGACGGAUGAAAACCAGAAAGAACCUGGUGGUAGUCCAACGUUAAGUGGCAGCGAGAAGCAAGAUCCGAAAGAGGACUUUCAGGAAGAAGGAAGGGAAGAGCAACGAGAAGGACAGGAGCAGGAGCAGGCAGAACAAGAGAAACUACUACAACAACAACAACAACAACCGGAACAACUGCAAAGAAAGCAAACGCUCCAAACUGAGGCACAGGCAAUGCCAUCGGCAGUUAGCGGUGGCGGCGGAGGCGGAGGCAACCAUGCCGGCGGUGGUGGCAAUCAAUCGAACGAGGAAUGUGGCAUUCGGGACGUUUGGCGGCACAAUCUGGACGAGGAAUUUCGCACCAUCCGACACAUCGUGCAGAAGUACCAUUACGUGGCGAUGGACACGGAGUUCCCCGGAGUGGUAGCUCGGCCAGUCGGUGAAUUCCGCUCCUCGGCCGACUACCAGUAUCAGUUUCUGCGGUGUAACGUCGACUUGCUACGGAUCAUUCAGCUUGGAUUGACCUUCAUGGACGAGGAAGGCCACACUCCGCCGGGCUUUUCCACGUGGCAGUUCAACUUCAAGUUCAAUCUAAAUGAAGACAUGUACGCGCAGGACUCGAUCGAUUUACUGCAGAACUCGGGCAUUCAGUUCAAGAAACACGAAGAAGACGGUAUUGACCCGCUGGAUUUCGCCGAAUUGUUGAUGACAUCCGGAAUAGUGCUGAUGGACAACAUCAAAUGGCUCAGCUUUCACUCCGGCUACGAUUUUGGCUAUCUGCUGAAGCUUCUGACAGAUCAGAACCUGCCAGCGGAGGAAAGCGAUUUUUUCGAGCUGCUGCGGAUCUACUUUCCCACGAUCUACGACGUUAAAUAUUUGAUGAAGAGCUGCAAGAAUCUGAAGGGUGGCCUGCAAGAGGUGGCAGAUCAGUUGGAACUGCGUCGUGUCGGCCCGCAGCAUCAGGCCGGCUCAGAUUCACUGUUGACCGGAAUGGCAUUCUUCAAGAUGCGCGAGAUGUUCUUCGAGGACAACAUUGACAACGCCAAGUACUGUGGCCACCUGUACGGACUCGGAACGUCGUUCAUCGUGAACGGUAGCAGCAACACGAUCAGCAGCAGCACCAACAACAGCUCGAACGCUACGAUCGGUGGAUCCAACGCAAACUCAAACACCGGCGGUGGAACCGGUUCCGGCGGCAGUGGCAACAGUGGUACCACGGGCUCUUCAUCCAACAACAACAACAAUAACAACAACAACAACAAUAAUAACAACAACAACAACAACAAUAACAACACAAACAGCAGUAGUGGAAACAACUAUCACGACAACGGUGAGACGAAUGCGACAUCAUGAUUUCGUCUGUUGAUUCGCUAGAAAAUCGACGCACCUUUAAACUCUGAAUGCACACGACACCCUUGGCAAGCAAAGGCAAAACUUUUCAGCUAACUCAUCCGGCAUAAUAACACAGCAAGUAAUAUUCUCUUUAAAGGACACACAGCCAAUAUUUAUUACAGCUUUAUCACUAUCCUUAUCUAUCGUAAUUAGAAAGCAUUUGGAUAUGUAGAUGAAGAACUCGAACGAAGACAUUCAUUUUAUUUUAAGCGAAGUGAGGAAUAAAACCGAUCCAAUCGAUUUGUGUCCUCGCUUUCGAAUUUGUGAAUGCCUCAUUUUUUAUCAUCUUUGACGAUUGAUACGAGCCACUACUGAAUACCUUUUUUUUUUAAUGACGAACGACAUGAGAAACGAUUGAGUAAUUUAUAAUUUUCGCAUUUGCUCUAAAGUAAAGCAGCGACAAAAGCGUAGGUAGAAGACACUUUGAACAGGUAGAACAGUUGUCACGUAGGGUGAGAAAAUGUAGAUGUAUUUAUGUUCAUUACUAGUUCUCCUCUCUUCUUUUUUAUUUUUUUUUUGACUACCAACUGGAACCUAUAGAAGGAACUUUAGAGGACGAAUGCAAAAGAAAACAAGUUGAAAUGUCAUGUAUUUAAACGGAUCUUAAAAGGUUAUCAAGCAUCUUUUCAUAUUCAAGCAUUAAAAGUUAUGAAAAAUGCACUCUGUAAACACUGUUAUUUAAAACAAAUCAAAUAAAGGCAAACGGGACAGUUUUCUCAGAAAUAAAUUAAAAGCAAAUAACAAAAAAAAAACAUCUUUCUGUUGCAACAUAAGAUUAAGAUCAAGGACGCAGAAAAACAGGAUCACACAAUUUACAGUCUAGUUCAGGUACUUUGUAUGAGCCACAAACAAAAAUAGGAAUGAAUAAUGGAUAGUUUUUUUUUUGAAAAGUUAAUAUUCAACCAACAUUACGAAGCAUAGUGAAACAACUGAUAAAACACUUAUAUAUGGAAAUACAAAUGUUUUAUUGAUUCAAAA